AUGACCUCCACAAAGAAAAGCAUCAUCGUCACCGGCGGCGCAUCAGGAAUCGGCCUCGGAAUCACUCGCUCCCUCGCCUCGGAAACAUCACACAUCUCCAUACUCGACAUCAAUGCCGCCGCGGGCGAGCAGACCCUCGCCACGCUGCAGAACGAGUUCCCCGAAGCAAGCUUCAGUUUCCAUCAAUGCGACGUGUCCAGCUGGGAGAGCCAGGCGGCGGCCUUUGAGGAGGUGUACCACGCGCAGGGACGGAUUGAUCAUGUCUUUGCGAACGCGGGGAUUACGGAGAAGGGGAAGUUGAUUGUGAAGGAUGAAGAGAAGCCGUCGAAGCCGGAGUUGGUGACGUUGAAUGUUAAUCUUGUUGGGGUUAUCUACUCCGUCAAACUCGCAAUCCACUACAUUCUAAAGAAUCCCCCAUCACCUACGACCACGACAACCGCUCUCCCCUCCAGAGGAAGCAUCAUCUGCACGGCUUCGAAUGCAGGCCUCUACCCCUUCCCCAUAGCCCCGAUCUACGCAACGUCGAAACACGCCGUUAUCGGACUCGUGCGGUCCCUCGCACGGCCUCUUGCGCAGGAGCAUAUCCAGAUUAAUGCUCUGGCGCCGGCCGUAAUCGAAACGAACAUCUCCACCGACAAGUCCCUGUUCAAAUCCAUGGUCAUUACACCCAUGUCGACGGCGACGAAGGCCGUCGCGACGCUGCUAGGCGAUGCGAAUCUGACGGGCAAGAUUGCGGAGUUGCAUGAGGAGCAUGUCACGUUCGCUGAGCCGCCGCCUUAUGUAGAUGAGAAUACGGGGAGGAAUAUUGAGAUGUUUUGGGAAUUGGGUUCUCAACCACUAUUUUUGCAAUAUUACUCUGUCAAACUUACAAUUACUAAAAAAUAG